AUGGCUUCCUUUGUGGUACGCAAUGGCCAUAUCUUGAGCUGUGCAUCUGGCAGCAUCGUGGAAAACCAUUGGUUCCAGGUGGACGCUGGUCGUAUCAAAGCUAUCGGCCGUGGCGAACCGCCCGACGCGACAGCCGCAGGAACCACGGUGGAUUUGGAAGGGCGGACGGUGCUUCCGGGCUUGGCGGACAGUCAUCUUCAUGUCUUUGCCCUUGGCAAAGCCACAACUUCGGUGAACCUGGAGGGUUGUACUUCCAUGUCGGAGCUUCAAAACCGAGCUCGACAGCAUUUAGAGACAGGCACUGGCGUUGGUGGCCACUUGGAAGGUCUGGGAUGGGAUCAGGAUCUGCUUGGUCGCACGCCCAGCAGGUCUGACUUGGACCUUUGUGUUCCAACCGUCCCCGCGGUGUUUUACCGUCGAUGUCAUCACGUGGCGGUCCUGAAUUCUGCAGCGUUGAAAGCCUGCUCAAUCGGGCGGGAAACUGAGGACGUUGAAGGCGGUGUCAUUGAACGUGACAACGGGGAACCCACGGGCGUCUUGCGCGAGAAGGCGUUGGAACUGCUGAAACCCUUGACCGAUCACGAGGAGCCCUUCGAUGCUCAGAAGGACAUCUUGCUGCGAGGCUUGAGCCUUUGUGUGGAGAAUGGAGUCACCUUUGUCCAGUCGAACGACAGCAAGGUAUUAGGUGGGAUCUCAAGGCCUUGGGACGUCUAUAGCAGCCUAGCGGAGGAUGGCAAGUUGCCCUGUCGCGUCUUCCUCACGGUCGCAUGGCAAGAUGUGGGCGACGGUGCGCCGGAGGCGAAGAAGAUCUGGACGGACGGCGGGCUCGGCGCCAAGACGGCGGCCAUGUUGGAACCCUAUGCGGAUGAUAAGGAGAACAUGGGGGUGAUGCAGAUGACAGAGGAAGAAAUCGCGAAGGCCAUGAGCCAUUUGAAAAGCAAUGGCUUCCGCGUCGAAGCCCACGCAAUCGGCGACCGCGCCGCGACUUAUCUGGUGGAUGCCUUCGAAAAAUUCAUGCCUUCCACAGAGAGGCCGGUGCUGACGCAUUGCCAGUUCCUGAACAAGAGUUUGGUCGAGCGAAUGUCCAAGGGUGGAAUCAUCGCAAAUGUUCAGCCUCAGUUCGUCCCUUCAGACCUGCCCAUCAUCAAGUCACGCGUUGGUGAAGGCACUGAGCGUUUCAGAUACGCCUACGUUUGGCGCACUCUGAUGAAGGCCGGCGUGCACGUGGCAGGGGGCAGUGAUGCACCGGUGGAAGCACCAACGCCCUUGGUGGGCAUGGCAGAUGCCAUGGAACAUGCGCUUUUCGAGGCCGAACGGAUGACGUUGGUGGAGGCGCUCUCGAUGUACACCCUGGAAGCGGCCUAUGCGGCACGCGCAGAGGAGCGCCUGGGAAGUUUGGAAGUUGGGAAAGAGGCCGACUUCGUGGUCCUAUCCUGCAAGUCUGAUGCCCAGGGACUCACAGCCUCUGAACUACGAAGUUGCCAAGUCGAGAAGGUUUACGUGCACGGCAAGCUGGUGCACGAACUGACCAGUGACGCCAAGCGCCGGCGCGUGGCGCUCGGGGACGGGCCGGGGAAGAGUGGCCUGGUGCCGUUCGUGCGGGGCCGCUGCCCGGCCUGCAGCAUGGCAUCGCAUAGCUGUUCCAGCGCCUCCAAAGUCGAGGGCUGA